UUGCAGCGGACGCUCGGCGAUUGGGAGAAGGUGCCGUUCGUGCCGCGGCCGAGCCUCGUCCCCGAUCCGGUGACGGCGUUCGGGCGGCGCGGACGAGCGGGCGCGCGGGGGUCACCUCUCGAGCCGGUCACGCGUCAGAACAUCCCGCCUAAGCCGGAGUCGAAGCUGGCGCCGCUCGCACCGUACGUGUCGCCGCGCGAGCAAACCCGCGAGCGGGUGCUGGCGGCGGUGGGACACCGCGAGCGCGUGUUCGAGGCGGACCCGCUGGGCACGCCGCGGGACCACAUGGACGUGUUGCUCGCGCAGGCGCACGGCCGCCCAUUGCAUGCGCCGCGCCGCCACGUCUAUUACAGCAACUACGCGUCCUACUGA